AGAAAUUGCUUAACGUUUUUCCGUCUGAAAUUCUGAACCGUUUUGGCUUCAGGAAGAUACUGGGUUCGGGGCAAUGCGAGUUUUCAUGACUCUGCUGAUGGUAUUCUGGGCUCUGGUGAGCCUUGAAGGUGUGAUAUCACAUGGAGUUCAGCCUCUUUCAAGAAUUGCUAUUCACAAAACUGUUUUUGCUAUUGACAAUGAUGCGUAUAUUAAAGCCUCUCCAUCAGUUCUAGGAAAUAAAGAGCAAAACAAAGAGUGGGUGACUUUGGAAUAUAGCAACCCAAGGCCAUCAAAUGAUGAUUGGAUUGGAGUAUUUUCUCCGGCCAAUUUCAGCUCGUCUACGUGCCUCCCUGAAAAUCCACGAGUGGGGCCACCAUUUUUGUGUUCUGCACCUAUAAAGUAUCAGUUUGCAAACUACACCACCUGGAAGUAUAAGAAUACGGGAAAAGGAGUUUUGAGGUUUCAGUUGAUUAACCAGAGAUCCGACUUUUCAUUUGGUUUAUUUUCUGGUGGAGUUUCAAAUCCAAAGUUGGCAGCAUUGUCAAAUACAGUUGCCUUUGCUAAUCCAAAUGCACCAGUAUACCCACGCUUAGCACAAGGAAAAACUUGGAAUGAAAUGACAGUAACCUGGACAAGUGGAUAUGGCAUCAGCGAGGCAGAGCCUUUUGUCGAAUGGGGUCCAAAAGGAGAAGAACAGAAACGUUCUCCUGCUGCUACACUCACUUUUAAUCGUAGAAGCAUGUGUGGUUCACCAGCCAGAACUGUUGGAUGGCGGGAUCCGGGAUUCAUUCAUACUGGUUUUUUGAAGGAGUUAUGGCCUAAUUCAGUGUACACCUACAAAUUGGGGCAUAAGUUGUUCAACGGUACAUACAUUUGGACUCAGACUUACCAAUUCAAAGCAUCUCCUUAUCCUGGUCAAAACUCUUUACAACGAGUUGUCAUUUUUGGUGACAUGGGAAAGGAUGAAUAUGAUGGCUCUAAUGAGUAUAAUAAUUUUCAACGUGGCUCCCUUAACACUAGCAAGCAACUAAUUAAUGACUUGAAGAACAUUGAUAUAGUCUUUCACAUCGGGGACAUCUGUUAUGCCAAUGGUUAUGUUUCCCAGUGGGAUCAGUUUACUUCUCAGAUUGAACCAAUUGCUUCAAGUGUACCCUACAUGAUUGCAAGUGGCAACCAUGAGCGAGACUGGCCUGAUACAGGAUCAUUCUAUGGAAAUAUGGAUUCAGGUGGAGAAUGUGGUGUCUUGGCUGAAACUAUGUUUUUUGUUCCAGCUGAAAACCGAGCUAAGUUCUGGUAUUCGACUGACUAUGGCAUGUUCCGAUUCUGCAUAGCCGACACAGAACAUGACUGGAGAGAGGGAUCGGAGCAAUAUAUAUUCAUUGAGCACUGUUUGGCAUCUGUAGACAGACAGAAGCAACCUUGGCUGAUCUUCCUUGCACAUCGUGUUUUGGGUUAUUCUUCCACUGCUUAUUAUACAAAUUUAGGAUCAUUUUCAGAACCAAUGGGGAGAGAUGACCUUCAAAAACUUUGGCAGAAGUAUAAAGUCGACAUAGCCAUGUACGGACAUGUUCAUAGUUAUGAACGGACCUGUCCUGUUUACCAAAACAUCUGUACGAGUAAGGAGAGGAAGUUCUACAAGAGAUCCUUAAAUGGAACAAUACACGUGGUUGCUGGGGGAGGAGGAGCAAGCCUUUCUGAGUUUUCAACCAUCCAACCAAACUGGAGUAUUUAUCGAGAUUUUGAUUAUGGGUUUGUUAAACUGACAGCAUUUGACCAUUCAAACCUGUUGUUCGAGUACAAAAAAAGCAGAGACGGUAAAGUUUAUGAUUCGUUCAGGAUAUCCCGGGAUUAUAGAGACAUCUUGGCCUGCACCGUGGAUAGCUGUCCGAGCAUGAACAUGGCAUCUUCACCAUAUAGAGGGAGAUUUUGAAUUUGUUGGUGCACUUUGCAUCCUCAUCAGAAAAAGAAGGGACAGAGAAACUUGACGAGUUGCAAUUUUGUGUUGAGAAAAGAAUGAUGGUUGCAUAGCCUUAAUAAUUCAUGUGAAAAGGAAUAAAUAGUUUAAAUAAUUAUGUGGCGGGUGAUUUCAUUAUCAUAAUAAUGCAGUUCAGACCAAAUUGUAUUGACAUUCAUUUGCUAAUUCUCCAAAAUUUUCUCUGUAGCAUUAUCAUUUCCUGAGAUUUCAUAUUGCUUGUGAAGAAGCAAUUUGG